UCAGAGCGAUUGUUUGUUCGGCUUUGGGUGUCAGCCGCUUUGUAAAUUUUUUAUUGUAAUAAUUAAACUAAUAACCAGCCAUAUCUUUUGGUAAAUGAACUGGAGGAUGGUUUAACUAUCGUGCAAUGUGUUUUAUAUUACGGGAUCGUGUGUAGUGUACGUGUAAAGCUGCUUCUUCCGCCAUGACAAUGGUGAACUUGGUCGGGAAGUACACCAUAACGUUUGUGCUUUAUUUUGGGUGUAUCUUAUCUUGUUAUCCGGUUUUUGGUCAAGAUACACCAGAGAUAUUGGACGUGCAGCUACUUAACGGGACCCUCGGCUUUGAUGCCAACAUCACCUGCAGUGUUAUGCCAAUCGAAGUUACUGUGGAAUGGCUAUUCAAUGGUGAACCACUUAAAAUUGAUGGCAGAAUACACCAACACGCCCAAGAGAGGCAGCUACAAGAGAAAGACCUCGACGGCAACCCGCGCAAGUACAAAUCGUACAACCUGACCCUCACCAACGCUACCACCACCGAUGACGGCAACUAUACGUGCAGAGCUAAACUGGGGGAUGCGAAGGUGGAGAGGAGUGUUGUUUUGGACCUCAGUUAUCCUGGCAGACUUGUGAAUAAAACCGCGGGGCCGAUAAAGGAAAAUGUCACAGAGCAAGCUAAUGUUACGAUGAUGUGUGUUUUUGAAGUUUACAAAACCACUGAAGUUAGAUGGUGGAAGAGAGGAAAGGACGACGACAUAAUCGAAUUAACAACAAAACCGGCGAAACGAAUCAAUCUCAAGCAAAUCAAAAGCCAAUACGAUCUACACAUCCGAAACCCAGAAGACAACGGCACUUACGUCUGCGAAGUUUUCGACCCUGUCAAUUCUACCAAUGUCACUGGAGAAAUUGACGUCAUAAUAUACGCAGCACCACAAGUUGUCAUAGACACUGUCAUACCCAUCAGUGCGUCACAAUUAUUCCUAAACUGGACCAUAAAGUCAUACAACUCAGAUAUAAUUGGCUACUACUUGAUGUACCGAAGACUGCCUUCGACAAACUUCAAUCAGUACACGCAAGAGAAGAUCGGUGUCAAAAACAUAUCAUUUGUGAUGGAGGGCUUGGAAAAGUCUACACAAUACCAGUUGAGACUCGAAGUUGCUACAACGUAUGGGAGGAGUAAGCCUCAUACUUAUGAAUCUACUGUCACAACUUUGGAUAAAGAUCCGAUAUUUGUGCCUAAUAUUUCAAUUAAUGGUUUCUCGGCUACAUCUGUGACGAUUGGUUGGGCAGCUCCACCUAAGGAUAUCGAGGAGUUGAUCCAUUACUAUUUGUUGGAGGCGAGGAAGAUGAAUGAGGUGGCUCCGAGGAGAGCGUACCAUUCCAGGGAUAACAGGAAUCUGCCAUACAUGUUUGAUAAUCUGGAACCCCACAGCACAUAUGUUUUUAGGGUAUGCGCAUGCUCCGACUUCACGAAGCGCUGCGGCAACUGGUCGGCCACCAUGCCGGCGGCGACGGGCGACGGCAUCCCCGGCCGGCCCAGCAACGUCACGGUGCACUGCGCCAGCAGCUGGAUCAACCUCACCUGGCAGCCGCCGCUCAAGCCCAACGCUGAGAUCAAAGGCUAUACGAUGGAGUUAACUGGCAAUGCAACAUACAGAGAUCGGUUUGGGAUAUUGCAGAAGGACAGCUGGGGACCGCUCUCUAAGUUCAAGACAAACGAUUCCAGAAGCGAAAGAUUCGAGGAGCUGCAGCCGAACACCAACUACACGAUCCGGCUGAGCGCCAUGACGCGCACGCGCAGACGGGGGGACGAGGAGGUGCGGCACUGCACCACGGCGCCCGCGCCGCCCGACACGCCGCCCAAGCCGCGCUGGAGGAAGGUGUUCGCAGACGACAAAUACGUGUUUCCCGUCGAUCUACCACGAAUAACGGAACGCAACGGACGUAUAUGUUGCUACAGGAUAUACAUAGUGCGUUUGAGACCACACCCUGAUUGGAGCAACCUACCCCCACCGAGGGACAUGACGGUGGUGGACUAUGAGGAGGCGCAUGGGGUCCAACCAGUUUUGGGGGCGUAUAUCACCGAUGUGUUCUCAAAUGACAGAUUCCCUCCAGAAUCAGAACUCAUAAUGGGUGAUGGCAGAUCCUACUACGACAAAGAUGACCCUGGCCUAAACUGGGAGUCUUGCCGGCGCUGCCUCAAGAAGCCGAGGAGGUCCUACGACAUACCGCCACCUGCGCCCAAGCCACCCACCACCACCAUGCCACCUACCACAACUAGAGACGAGUUCUUUGAGGACGAGAUAGAUACCACCAUGGAACCGGAUGAGGAGAAACGUUCACGGAGAUCCUAUAUGGAUAUUGAAAGGGACUACAUGAAGAAUCCAAUGAUGAUGGACAACAAACUGGUGGAGAUCGAGGUCAAAGAGGACUUGCAGGUCAAAGACGGUCUGCUAGACCCGGCAGCUAACUAUACACUUUACGUCGAGUUGAUUCCUGGUUCAGAGCAAGACGAGCCCUUGUUCAGUGACUACGUCAACGCGCUGAUGCCCGCCGCGUCGCCGGUAGCGCCGCCGCCCACCACGCCACUGGAAAUUGCUUUAUUGUGUCAACUAGCCUAUUAUUUUGUUUCCAGAUACGUAGUGGGUCACAUAGGCGGCAGGCAACAGUUGCUGAGUGCGGCGCCUCCGGACAUGCCGCCCAUCGCUAAAGAAGAUCUGGCCGCCGCAUACGCAGAGAGACAAGCCGACUCUGACUAUGGAUUCCAGAAAGAAUUUGAAUUGUUACAGAUGCUCCCGGACUGCUUCCCGGACCGCACGACGCACGCGUCCGAGGCGCGCGAGAACCAACCCAAGAACCGCUACCCGGACAUCAAGGCGUACGACCAAACCCGCGUGAAGCUCUCGCAGAUUGACGGCAUCACUGGCUCCGACUACAUCAACGCCAACUACGUCAUGGGCUACAAGGAACGCAAGCAAUUCAUCUGCGCCCAAGGUCCGACAGACACCACGGUGAACGACUUCUGGCGCAUGAUCUGGGAGCACGGGCUGGAGCUGAUCGUGAUGCUGACCAACCUCGAGGAGUACUCCAAGGUGAAGUGCAGCAAGUACUGGCCUGAUGAUGUGAGGGGCGUGCGCGCCUUCGGCAACAUCACCGUGCACCAUGUGUCUGAGAAACGAUAUUCAGAUUAUAUUGUGAGAGAGCUGAAGAUAUCGAAGCAGCCCCUAAACUCUGACGGACAACCUAUUGUUGAAAACAACGGAAUUGCUAAGCGGAAUGGAGACUGCGGCAUGAGCGACGCGAGCGCGCCCACGUCCCCGCGCGACGCCAAGUGCGAGACGCGGCUGGUGCGCCAGUACCACUUCCUCAUGUGGAAGGACUUCGCGGCGCCGGAGCAUCCGCACUCCAUACUCAAGUUCAUCAAGAGGGUGAACGAGGCGUGGUCCAACAUGGUGGGGCGGCCGGUGGUGGUGCACUGCUCGGCCGGCGUCGGCAGGACGGGCACGCUGGUCGCGCUGGACUGCCUGCUGGAACAACUGCGGGCCACCGGGCUGGCGGCUGUGUUCAACACCGUCGCCGAGCUGCGGCGCCAGAGGAACUUCCUCGUGCAAUCGCAGAAACAAUACGUUUUCGUGUACCGUGCGCUGGUGGAGUACGCACACUACGGCGACACGGAGAUUCCCGCCUCUAGGCUCAAGAGUGCAAUCGACCGGCUGAGGAAUACGCCCGAGGGGGCUGAUAAGUGCCUCAUGGAACAUGAGUUUGAGAAAAUGAUGGACCCACCGGUCGCGGAGCCUGUGAAGUCGUGCGCGGCCGGCGGCGCCGACGAGCUGCGCGCGCGCAACCGCAGCGCCGACUGCCUGCCCUACGACCGCAACCGCGUCAUCCUGGCGCCCGUGCCCGGCAGGGACUACUCCACGUACAUCAACGCCUCCUUCAUUGAGGCGUACGAUAACACGGAAGGUUUCAUCAUCACCCAGGACCCUCUACCCAACACCAUCAUGGACUUCUGGAGAAUGGUCGCCGAACACAACGUGUCCACCAUUGUCAUGUUAAGCGAGUUGGGCGAGGGCAAGUGCCCGCGGUACUGGGACGACGGCACGGUGCAGUACGAGCACAUCUCCGUGGAGUACGAGGAGAGCGAGUCCUGCCCCUACUACACGCGGCGCCAGUUCCGGCUCACCAACAACAAGAGCGGCGAGUGGCGCUGCGUGCGGCACCUGCAGUACCAGGGCUGGCCGACGGCGGCGGGGCACGUGCCCGAGGUGACGCGCGGGCUGGCCGAGCUGGCGGAGCUGGCGGCGCCCGUGGAGCCGGCGCCGCGCCCGCCGCUGCUGGUGCACUGCAGCACGGGCACGGAGCGCUCGGCGCUGUUCGUGGCGCUGUGCGUGCUCGUCUGGCAGCUGCGGCUGGAGCGGCGCGUGGACGUGGCGUGCGUCGCGCGCAAGGUGCGCUCGCAGCGGGCGCGCACCGUCGACACCUUUUUGCAGUACGAAUUCCUACACCGUGCCAUAUUAAACUACGCGGAGCUACACAAUCUACUGGAAGACAGCUAAGCGUUGCGCAGUGCUCACUAAAACUCAAUCUUAUCGCUCAAGAAACACGAGCCAAAACCGUUUGACUCCAAAAAAGAGGCUAGAGCCAAUCCCGAUUCGCCUUGCCUAAUUGAUAGGCGAAAAUAGCUCUUAAGACGACGUAUGUAUGGUUAAAAAUCGCUUGGACUGAGAACUUUUUUUAUAAUCGAUGAAAAUUAGUGAUGUAAAGAAUAUCGAUCCUUCACGAGUAUAAAGUGUAUAUUGUAUUGAUUAAGAGUAAAUUAAUGAUACGAAUUUACAUACUUUUUUAUGAAAAAGUGCUAUGUUUAAGGUGCAUUUACACUUAACUGAAUUGACUCAAAUAGGUUAUUGAUUAAUGACGUUAUGCUUUUGUCACGGUAUUUUCCAAUAAUCUAAUUGGUCUUUUUCGCGACAUAUUCGCUUUAGUCGAAAUGCACCUUAAAUAUUUGAACAAUUCGUAAUUUGUUCAUUUUUUUUUCUUGUUUUGUUGUAUUGUUAUUGUAAAACUCAGUGUCGUUUUGAGUCCAGUGUAUACAAAAUAGAUUCAUCUUUGUAUUAGAAGAUAAAUGUAAUAAUUUUACAAAUAAAUAUGUUGCCAUAGCUAAAGAAAGUUAAAAUUACCACACUAUUUUCAGUUUUAUCGAUAAACUAUAAAACAACUAUUCGUUACGUCACUAAUGUAAUAUAAAUUUUUAAACCGAAGAUAAUUACUGUAUCUGCAUUUUAAUACAAAUUACAGAAUCAAAAUAGAUAUAAGCAAUAGAAUUGUAAUGGUUUAGCAAUCAUACAGUUUGGGAACCAACGAAUGUACGAAGUAAUGCGGCCUACAAAUUAGCUUACUUUAUGGCAAACUACCCUUAUCGAUAUCGACAUGGUGAUUAUGUAUUUACGAUUGUACAUCAAAUUGCCAAAAAACUGUUAGUUUUACAUACAACAUUUUCAUUGCUUAUUUAUUUUAUUCGUUUUUAAUGAUAUAGUAAUUUUAAUUUUAUUAUUUAUUAUAUACACCAUUAUAAUAAAUAUAGAAUAUUUAUUUAGAAAAAAAAAAUAUUAAAUAAACGAUUUAAAAAUACAUGCAAUUUUAAAAUUCUUCGUUAUUGGAGCAAUUUAUUGCUAAAUCGCUAUUUGUUUAUUUUACACACAUCACACAGUCGUUUAAUUUACAAAAAUUCUAACGUAAACAUGGUUUCGUUUACAAACAAUUAUAGUUUCUUUGUGGCAGCUCGGCAAUAUUUCGGUAUCAAUUUGGCUCUUUUACGUUUUUUCUUUGUUUUUGCGAGAUUAACUUUUUGUUUGUUCCCUAACUGUAUGAUUGAUAUACCUUAGUAUUUAGGUUAUCGUCUCAAGAUUAAAAAUAUCGGUAUAUAUAUUUAUUAAUGUUGCCAGAACUGAGUGUAGCUGUAGUGCGCUUUUAUAUACUUCAUUGGCAGAAUACAUUGGCUUAGUUAAAAUAUACAGUAUAGUGUAUACUAUAAUAAAUAACAUUUGUUAUUUAAAUGUUUAUGUUCAAAAUGUUGGUAGCUAAAUGUAAAACGGGGUGGGGGGCAUGACGAUAGAGGAAGAACAAGAAAUAGUGUUUUUUUUUUUAAUUUAGCUGGCGAUUAUUUAAUUUUUUUCAAAUUUUUAUUACAAUUAUAAUUAUAGUAUACAGUAUAUAGUACCUCAGUAGUAGUAUACAGUACAGUACGACUCGUGCUGGUAUAUAGGAUUCAGUGAUUAUAUUCCGUGUCUCUUUAUAUGUAGUGUCAAUAGCGCUUAGUUAGACUAAUAUAAUAAUUAUUUCCCCAAAACUCAAUAGGUAAUUUUCCCAAAAAAAUAAUUUUAGGUAAAAAAAUCUUAAGAUAUCGAACAAAAUUAAAUAUGGCUAUGAAAUAAGGGUGAGCACACAAUUGCGACAAGUUAGCGACUUGUGUUUCAUACAAAAAAAAACACGCUACUAUUUAUGUCUUUACUGUCUCGAAUUACACUACAAAAAAGCAGACGAAGAGUUUUUAAAAACUGUCAUGUCUGUUACUAUAUUAUAGAGAGCUUGUCUAUAGAGAGCAUAGACAAGCUCUCUAUAAUAUCUGCUAAUAACGCUAAUAUCUGUUUCUUUUUGAAGUAAAACUUCUUUAAGAACGCUUGAGUAAGCUUAUACGUUACGAAAAGUGUAACACAACACGAACGUUAAGAGGUAGAGCUAAAGAAGUUUUACAUCGGUCAUGUAAUUUAAGCACAGUCGCCACAAAUAUAAUUUUUAGUCCAUCGUUCAGCAAUAUUCACAGUAUUCAUUGUUCAAAUGAUCCCACAGAAUUUGGAUGCAAUUGCUGGCGUGACUAUUCGAAUUUAUCGCCUAUGGAGACACCUUAGGGAAACGACAAAAGUUUUAAAACAAAAUGUCGCCAUUGUGUGCUUGUCCUAUUCGUUUUAUGAGUGUACAAAUAAUUUUGUUGCCAUGAACAUAAAUGUUUCUACAAAUCGAAUAAUUAAAUGUAAAUUGUAGCUUACAUCCGUGUUUCGUUUAUAUAACCAGACUUAGUGUAGAUCUGACUUGUCACGUACUUUUAUUUAUAUGCAUAUAAUAUAAUUAAUUAGUUUUUAUAAAGUUCGCUAUCCGUAUUUCAUACUCGCACUUUAUACUUCGUAGAGAAUCACCAUUAUAGGCUAAGAGACGGUGCUGUGGUUCUACAUUAUGAAUUGCAACACUUGAAAAUAAUUAUCUUUCUAAAUAAUAUAUUUUUUUUAUAAAAUACCUACCUCACUAACUAACCUAACCAUGAAAAAAUCAGUAUUAAAUCACUAUCUAAUUAAAUUAAAAAAAAAUAUGACAUUAUGUCCAUUUAUGCUUGAUGAUUUUAUAUUUUAAAAUAUCUUUAUAGAUCUCCUAAUCUGCCCCAUUCCGAAGGCAUUUAUGUAUUUUCAAAAAUGAUGCAGUAAUGAAAACUAGUUUGAACAUACCUAUUUUAGAUUUCAUAUCAUAAAAAUUUUAAAAAAUAUAAAAUGUCUAUACAAAACUACUUCUGUAAAAUACCAAGUAUAAAUUAAUUUAUUCAUAUUAUCAGUAUUAAAGAAGCUUGAAAAAUAAAUUAAAAGAUUUUGACGAAAUUGCCUUUAUAGUAGCAAGUCUUAAAGAUAAUUAUUUUCACGUAUCCUAUUGGUUUAAGAGAUAUCGCCACCGUCUCUUGGAGUAUAAUUAAUUUAGUGGGGCAGCUUUUGUACAACUUUUCUACUUUUGGUAUGUGAACAUACCAAAAAAACGUGUCCAAAGAUAGUUGGGGGUAGAGGAUAUAUUAUUAUAACCGAGUUAUUGUAAUUAUUAUUAUUAUUUGCGUAUGAAAUGUUGACUAGAUGGAACUUUGUCGGUGUAAAAUAUGCAAACAAAAAUGAUACGAGUAAUAGAGAGAAUAUAAAUGCAAAUGUAAGUUUGUUUGUGUGUUACUUUUUUACGGUUAAGCCACUAAACCGAUUUUUUUGUCCAAUUGAAAGCUAAAUUAUAGGCGAGUAAUAAAAGCGAUUUUUUUUUAUUACGGACGGACGGAAAUUACAUAUUAUAUUAUUUUUCUCAUAUUUGCUAAACAGGUAAUUAUUUUCAUUCAUAAUUAUUCAGCACCAUGAUAAAAGUAACAAAUGAAAAAAAAUAUUGGAAAAAUUAAAAAAAAUUACCCUAUAAGCAUUUUUUUUUAAAUUUGCUUGCGGUAAUACUUUUUUUCAUUGAUUAAUUCGUAUUGAAUUUCAAUGUCUGAUAGGAUUUUCAUCUGGUGAGCAUUUUGAACGCAAUAUUAAUGUAUAUUUAUUUUUUUAUUCGCCAUAUUAAGCAUUUUUGUAAUCGUUUCUUUUUAUAUAUGAGUUUAUAAUAAAAAUACAUAUAAAUUACGUAAAAAAAAAAUAUAAAGAUAAAUAUACUGGUUUUGAAAAAACCUUCAAUUACUUUCAAGGGCCAAUCGUGUACCCCAAUCGAGCACAAAUUGUAUAUAAAGGCCCGUGCAUACUGUUACACAAGUAAAGAAUAAUGUUACAUGAAUUUCUUUAUGUAAAUAUUCAUUAAUUAUUAUAUUGACCGUAUUAUAAUAAUAAUUUAGUAUAAUAAUUAAAAAAAAACAAUUUAAUGUUUUGGUCAUCUCAAAUCGCCAUUUAUACCACUUGAAGUAGUGUUAGGUAAUAACAUAGGUUACAAGUGUCCGUUUUCUUGUUUUUAACUAAAUUUUUGAUUGAAAAUAUAAAAAAAAAACAAAAUUCGGACUUGUCACCUGAUUUUGAUUUUCGCAAAUAGCGAAAUUGUCAAAGUAAUUUUUUUAAUUUUUUUUUUUGGUAAUUUAUUAACGUUUUAGCGAACUUUUCGAGUUAGAUUGAAAAUAUUACAAAAAUGUAUUUAGAAAGUCGGUCUUGUCACGUGAUUUUAAUAUCAUUGUUGAAUUAUUGUUAUUUUUUUUUGUUAUUUUUUUUUAGUAAUUUGUUAUUUUUGUCAUAUGUUUGAAUUACAAUAAAUAGUUAAAUUUAAAAAUAUAUAAUACUAUCUUCGUAUAAGCCAAUAACUUUCAGAGAAAUUCCUGGAUAAAAUGACAACAGUAUGCACAGGUCUUUAUAUUUUUUUUUUGAUGUAUUUACUUUGAUGAUUUGGAUGAUUGUUUUUUUUUUCUUUUUUGUUUUUUCUUCACUGACGUCACAGUGUUUAUAUAUGAAAUUGUGUGGCGUCGUACGACUGUCUAUGCUAUAUCGUAAGUUAGGUUAGGUUAUGUAUUUUUUAGAUUUUGUAUGAGCUAUUAAUAAUAUAAUUAAUUAUAGUAAUAUAAAUAUUAAAUAAUACAAUUUUACUGUUCACAAAACUUGACAGCACGGUUUUUACAAAUCUCGAGGGAACCGUGAAUUUUCCAGUAUAAAAACUAGCCUACAUAUAAUCUAGAUUUUUCGUAUGUUGUUCUAGUGAAAGUCCUAUUAAUAUCGGUUCAGUCGUUCUAGAGAUUAGCCCAAACAUACAGACAGACGAAAAUUCUAAAAGUUUCAAUGUUUUCUAUUUUACUCCCGUGUGUCAAGUUUUGUGUGUGUUUGUGUUAAAUUGGCACUAACAUGUUGUAAAUGGGUGCGUGCGAUUGAUUAUUUUUUAAAUAAUAUAUCAAAAACUAAAUGCGAUAGUCAUACGCUAUCAAAUUCAUUUUUGGCUUUUCAGAAUGUUAUGACACUACUGUUAUGUUAUAAUGUAUAAUCGACAAUAUUAAUAAAACAAAAUAUUCAAAAAUGACAGACAGACAGAAAGUAGAAGAUAAUGUAGGUAGGUAGGAAAAUUCGGUAAUUUUCCAUUUUGUGUACUGAACCCUAAAAAUGUCGGUUGGGCCUAAUCGGCCCUAAAAAAACCCUUAAAUUAACUAAAUGGGUAGGUAUAAAAGUAUUUUUUGCCUUUAUACUGUUUUUGUAUUUUUUUUACAAUUUUCAUAGGCCGUUGUGUUUGGGUGGUUUCUGAAUUGGACCGUUUAUUAUUUAUAUGUGUUUGUACCCACAUAACUUUGUCGUUUAGGAACCGAUUUUGAUAAUAAUUCUUUUUUUUUGUCUUUUGUCGAUUAUACAUUACUGACUGUUCUAAUGUUGAAGUACGUUCAGACGUAAUAAUAUACGUUAAGGUAAAUACCAUGGUUUCGUUUAAGAUCUUGUUUGAAAAAUGCUAAAAAUUACUAAUAAGGAGAUGAUCUAAAAUUGUAUCAACUCCAGGCUAGUACGCCUAAGAAUAACAGAGAUUAGGAGAUAUUUUUGACUAAAUAUAGCAUUCUUUCUCAUCGCAACGAAUGAAAUGGACGAUAAUUAUCUUUUGCGUUGCGAUGUGAUGAAAGUCGUACCGCCACUUAGCGUUCCGGUACGAUGUCGAUUUUCAUCUCCCUCCUAACAAUUUAGCCUGAUUCCAUCUUAGAUUGCAUCAUCACUUAAUUAUCAUCAGGUGAGAUUGUAGUCAAUGGCUAACUUGUAAAAAAUAAAAUAAAAAAGAGAGCUAUAUUUAGACAAAAUUGUCUCGAAACUCUAGACCAGACACGGCCUAAUGGUCCCUCUUUAAGGUAGAAGCAUACUAAACACGCUUCGCGUCGCGGUGCGUGCUGUUAUCGUCUUGAAUGUGCUUCUAACUGUGACCCAAAAAAUAUCGAUGAAAUGUUAUUUGGUUAAAUGUAAGUACAUUAAAACGGGGUCUGCAUGAUUUCGCUAAGGGACGAAAAGUCUGUGAUAGCCACACCUUCCUCACUUUAUUAAAGACGUGAGUUUAUCAGCACAUGCUUCUACUAUAGGUAAGUAAGGUAGUCAUAGAGUUUAGACUUUGGUGACUUUGAGAGGUAGCAAAGUCCUCAAUUGGGUAUUUGACAUUUUUUUAUUGUUUAAAUUAAGAGUAUGCUAUUAGUAAAGCAAUUUCAAUUUUCGUAGAUAUAGGGUAUUGUGGUGUUGUCGAGGAAUGCUUUAAAACAGCACGUAUUAAAUACGGAAGGAUCAUGACGUCACGCUCAAAUUAUUUGGUUCGUAGGGGGAGACAAACAAAAUUACAAAUAUUAUUUGUGAUUUUGUUUGUUUAAUAAAAAUGUUACAUUGAAUGUAAAGAACCUAAUUAUAGUAUAUGAUUUUCUAAUCUAAAUUUUUCAAAAGAAUAUUGAUUAUUUUUGAAAUUUUAUAACCUUAUUUUUAUUUUAAUCAUUCCCAGAAUUGUUGUUUUUAAAUAUUAAUUAAUAUUGACUUCACGUUCCUAAUGUCUCAUAAAAUUCAAUAUAUAUAUUUAAAAGAUUAAAAUGCCCAAUUGGACAAUUGGGCAAAAGUAAUUAUUUGAUAUUUUCUAUGGUAUAUGAGACAUGGCUACUCUUCAAGAGUGUUUCUUCAAAAAUUGUCGCGAAGUGCACUGGCUUGGCGAAUUGAGACAUGAUUUCUGAAGAAAAUAUUAUACAGUUGUUUUGUACUUGGACGGUUAAAAGUCACCACAAAUCGAACACUAUCGCACUUGCCUAUACAGAAGCAUGAGCUGACAAACAUUCAGUUUUUAUAAAAUUAGGAAGAUGUGGCUACUACAGGUUCCCGUUCUAUAAACAAUGAGGCUCAUUUUGGUAAAGUGUUAGAUUAAUUCAAAUGACUGCAUCAACUCCAGUGUCGCUAAAUAAUAAAUAAUAACUAUCAAUUAAAGUAAUUAUUAAUUUGACUGUUUUUACAUAUUUUAUCAUUCAUCAUCAAUCAUCGUCGUAAAGAGUUUCAAACAUUAAUGGUCUAUGUUCGGCCGACUACUAAAAUGUUGUCGUAAUCUGAGACCUAUCCAAGUUAACAGUAGGUACAUUGAUUUGUCAUAUUAUGUCGAGGAAAAUUACAGUUAUACCCUUAUGAAAUGAUACCAAAUACUCUAAUGUCCAAGACAAAGUACUAAGGACAAUAUUUUUACAUAUUUAUUACCGAAAGGAGUGUGGAUUUUCAUCCUCCUCCUAACAAGUUAGCCCGUUUCCAUCUUAGACUGCAUCAUCACUUACCAUCAGGUGAGAUUGUAGUCAAGGGCUGACUUGUAAAUAAUAUAAUAAACUAAAAAAAAAAAAAUAAUUAUGUAAACUUCAGUUUGAUAUUACGAUCAUAGAUUGUUAUAAAUAUUUCUAUUCUUUAUUGCAGAACAAUCAUACAUCCUCUCUGACUAAUUUAAACCAUAAAUUACACACCAUAGGGUAUUUUGUUUUUUUUUUUACGUGUUUCCGAACGUAACUCCUAGUGGAACUUUUUGUGGAAGAAUAAUUCCCAAGAGUUUUAGGGGGCAAACACUUAACCGUCCAAAUAUAAAGUGUAUUAAAGAGUCAAAUAAAGGCACCACAGUCCAAUCUCUAUAUUUGGCUACAGUAUUACAAUACAUAGACUGACGAACAUCAGUAUUCACAAAAUGAGUUAUAGUGAAACACAAAAGAGUAGAAAAUAAAUAAGGGCGCUGUAGUCACUUAUUUGUAGUUCUUAGUGUAACCCUGUGUACUGUCAUCCACUCAGGAUCUCACUAUACCUUGAUACUUGAUAAUAAUUUAUAUUUUGCCCUAUUAGUAUUGUAAAAUACCUACAUCACUAUUUAGCUCCGAGCAUCAAGUAAUAUUAAUGGGUGUCAUGAUAACUGAUUUAAUAAUUUACAUGUAUUAAAUUUUAAAGACGUGUGGGUCUUCUCUGGCCCAUGUGAACGGGCGGGGGUUCGGGCUUCGAGGCAACGCCUCCUUGCCCGGGGGUGUCGCGGGGUACCUUGCUCCCCCGGUGUUUUCUUCCAAUCCCUCCCGGGGUUGAGGAUUCCGGGGAGAAGGAUGUUUUAAAGAAAGUAAAUCUCAUCUAAAUAAAUGUUAUUUUAUUGUAAUUUGUCUGGUAAUUAUCCGAAUUUCCACUAUGAUUUUAGUGAUAAAAGUAUCAAUAAUAAUUGGUUGCUCUAUAAUGACUUCUAUGUGAUGACUGAUGAAUGACAGUAAAUGUUGCCACACGGCAAAUUCGUUAAUUCCAUUUUUAUGAACUUCUACUCUUUUACGUCGCACAGUAGAGAUAGAGCAUAGAUUAAAUAUGGUUAUCCUCUUUUGAUUGAUACAGGUCUCAAAAUGCGACAGCAUUUUCGUAAAAAAAAAAUAAGCUACCACCCACACAAAAUUUUUACCUCCAAAAGUGGAGAGUAUAAAGAUCUCGUAAACAAUUGUGUUCAAUAUAAUUUAGUAUUGUGACUCAUGCGGACUCCCGGCGCGACUGAUGUGUUUUUUUUUUUUAUAAUUAGCUUUUAUUGAAAUUAAACAGCGUAUGGUAGGAGUGUUGCGAUUUUUUAUAUAAAAAAAGUAGUUUUUAAGCUAGUGUAAGUGUUUAGGGACAGCUUGAGAAAUUUGUUUGUCUGUACCAUUGAUUUGUAUUUAUGAUAAAAGUGACGCUGUUUUAAAUACAGGUAUAAGAGGCUUAAAAACCGUGUCUUACAGUGAAUUUCAUAGAUGUUGUAGGGGCACCCCCAGGGGUCCGCCCGCCGAGUGUCUAAUUCUCAAACGCAUAGGGGUUAAAUUCGACACUCAGCGGGUGAAUGAUCCCCUGGGGGUGCCCCUAUAACGUGUAUGAAUUCCUGUUACAGUGCAGUAUAUGAUGUCUGCUUUAUGACCCUUCAAUGUCCCUUUAUGUCCCUUCAAUGUGUUACUUUGUAGAAAGCGAUGCUGUAUCAACGGCUCUAGCCAUGUUAGUUACUAAUACAUAACUAUUCUCUUUCUACAAUCGCUAUCGCUUUGACAAUUAAAAAAUGUAUGGGAAAGGUGGUUCGAUCCUCGCCCUGUUAGACUAUUGUCGUACCCACUCCUAAUAGUCUUUCCUGACUAGUUGGAGGGGAACGGAAAAAAGGCAUUUGUCAUCACGUGAUAAACCUAUCAAUCGGAUAUGUCAUUCCCAUGCAUUUUUUUUAGUUUUCGGAGCGUUAGAGUUCUAUUUUAGGCAUAGGUUUUAAGCCUCAUGUGCCUCUAACUUUACCGGAAAUACCCUUCGGACAAAAAACAGCGAUGCUUGAGGGUAUAAUGGAAAACUUUCAAGAAAUAAAAGUUAUAGUUAAUUUUGUAUUAGAUAAAAAUAUUCUAAAAAUUAUACUAAAUAUUUUUGGGAUGAUUAUGAAAUCUUCAAAAUUACGCACAAAUAUAUUUUUAAGAGCGAUAUUUGCAUUUGAAAAUGAGCAUACGCGUUUUUGGAAAAUCGAUUGAUUUUAAUGAAUUAAAAAAUUAUGUAGCAGCUUUAAAAAAAUAUAACGGCCUUUUUGAGAUGUGACGAUUUAUAAACAAAAUUGUGUACAUGCAAACAAUUUUCUCAUUCGACAAACUCUGUUGCGGAGUGCGAAAAUUUAAAAAUGGAAUUAAUUAGGCAACGCAGUUUCAAUUGAAUGAAAUCGAUAGCGAUUGCGAACUGCGUUGCGUGAUUGACGCCCCCCAGUUUAGUUGCUUGUUAUACUAAAACGCGCUUGUAUACAGAUAUAUUUCUCUCUAGUCUUCUGCUCAUGCCUGAACGCAUUUUUAUACCCUUAUACUGUAUUUUUUUCAUAAUUUGUAUUAUAACUUGACCAGGAAGGUAAAAUAAAAGAUUUUGCGUGCCUUUUUUCUUACUGGUCAGAUUACUUAAGCAGACUGGGUCUUAGCAAACGUAAACUAUGUAGUUAUGUUUGUAAUUUUGCGUUUGCGUUUAUUGAACACUGAUCUUUGCGAAAUCUUGACAAAUCUGUGUACCUACCAACGUCUCACAAAUUUAAAAACACAAACCUCGAGUAGUAUAAUCGUCAUCAACCCAUAUUCGGCUCACUGCUGAGCUCGAGUCUCCUCUCAGAAUGAGACGGGUUAGGCCAAUAGUCCACCACGCUGGCCCAAUGCGGAUUGGCAGACUUCACACACGCAGAGAAUUAAGGUAAUUCUCUGGUAUGCAGGUUUCCUCACGAUGUUUUCCUUCACCGAUUGAGACACCGUGAUAUUUAAUUUCUUAAAAUGCACACAACUGAAAAGUUGGAGGUGCAUGCCCCAGACUGGAUUCGAACCCAAACCCUUCGGAAUCGGAGGCAGAGGUCAUAUCCACUGGGCUAUCACCCCACCCACCCACAGUAUAAUAUAGUACCGAUAUUCUAAUCUUCGAAUAAUAACUUGGCAAUCAAAUAUUGUCGAAUAUACGAGAAUAUAUAUCUGGGCCUUCAAGCAUGUUACUUUUUCUACAUUCUUCUCUCAGAAACUGAAAUUGUAUGGAAAUGACAUUCGUUGUCGAUAUAUCACGUGGUCACUGAUUAACCUACCAAUCGGAUAUGUCAUAGGUAUCCAUACAUUUUUUUUUUUUGCUUUUGAAGCGUUAGCGUAUGUAGAUAGAUUGUGUACCAAUAUGACAAUAUGACACUUGGCUAGAGGUGUUGUAGAUGCUCGGACAUCAAGGUGAUAUUAUGAGGGUAUUUUGUCAAUUUUGAAUUAUGUCGCUACAGAGAUUUGUCAGCAUUACGCGAAGAAUAAAGUAGACUCCGCGCCACGAAAGAAGUCCCGCUACUAAAACCUGAACUAAAAUUAACAGCGUCUUACACAAAUGACAUUAUUGUUAUUUGUGUAAGGCGCUGUUAAUUUACCAAAUGCCAAUGCGCCGCUAUGACAUUAGCGCCGGGUCAGGACUUAUUUCGUGGCGCGGAGUUUAAUGUGUUUAAGAACUAUGAUUACUUUGAAAUGUCGUCAUAGACACAUCGAAAAAUCUUUAAAAGUAUGUUCUGAGACCUUUUUGGUGUGGACCCAGUUUUUGCUCUUUUGAAAUCCUACUUGUAACUUUUUUUUAUCAAUGCUUAUUAUAAAUAUUGUGUUCUGUGUUUAUAUAUGUUCUAGGUAAUAUAAAAUGUUUACAAUCAAAAGUAGUAUACCUACUUUUUACAAAAAUCUCUUUAUGAAAAAAGCUUUUAUAUGUCUUUUUUUUACUACAGUUUUUUAUUUACCUGUUGGUAAGUUGCUUAUUUGUUUUGUAUUUAUAAUGAUUUAAUCAGAAAUUAAUAGUUAUUUCAUUGACAGCGUAAGAAAUUAGGACAUUUUUUACAAUUUUCUAAUACUCAUUUUUUCAAUUGACAGUUAAUUUAUUAAAGUUUUCUAUCUACUUACUGGUAAAUUGCUUACCAACGAUGUAUUUGUAUCUAAAAUUGAUCAUUUUCAACAAAAAAUAUUAUACAUUUCAUGCACAGUACAUUGUUAUGUAUGAUUUACAAAUGACAAUUCGAAGAUUUAUGUAAGUAAGUAUAUUUUAUUUUUCAAAUAUGUAUGCUUGCAUGCUUUUAUCAUGUAAAUACAUAAAAUUAAAUACUAAGGGUAAGCAGUGUGUCUUCGCCAAUCCCUCUAUUUCUCAGCUGUAGUUUUUAACCGACUUCCAAAAAGGAGGAGGUUCUACGUUCGGCUGUAUGUAUGUUUUUUUUUUUUACUAUUUAAUUUAAUGUUUUAUACCUAAGCAUUUGGAACGUUGUCGUAACUAUAAAAAUGAUAAUAUUGAUUUUUUUUUAUGUAACUUCGUUUUUAUUUUUGUAAAUAGAUAAUGCAGGUCAUGUAAUACGAUAUUUUUGAAAAUAUACCAAUAUUUAGAAAGA